ACACUGAAAAAUGCAGCACUACAAAAGGCAUAUUCCAGGUACUGUAUGCAAGGGCAGCAUUUGAGGUAUGAUUCCAGUGUUGCCAACUCUCACAAUUUUAUCAUGCACCUCGUGAUGUUUGGGAUUUUUCUUGAAGCAGCAGCUCCUGGAUUGUUGGGAUUACAAUCUUCUAUUUGAGAAGAAAAGAAAUGAUUUUAUAUAAUGAUUUUAAGUCUCUCUCAUGAUUUUGUGGGGCCUGACACAUGACUUUUGAAUACUUGGGAUUGGAAAUACUAUGAUUCAUCCCACACACCUAAUGCAUCCCCAGUAUGCCAUGUUAGGCAAAGUGGACAUCUGAUGGAAGCAAGUGAAUAUCUGAUGGAAGUUCUUUCUAUUUCUGAAAGUCUUGCCAUGGUCUUUUCCUAUCCUUUGAACUUCUAAGAAUACCUCUUCCCUCAAUGAACGAAGUAGAGAAGCAUGAACUUUGGAAAUAGGACGCCAAAUUUUGGUUUCUCAUUCAGAAACAGAUAGUCAAGCUUAACCAGUACAGGCAAUAUUUUUUAAGGAGCCCCCAAAAAUAUUUCUUAUGUGUCCAGUCCAUGCAGGGAGUGGAGGUCAGGCUUCUUGAACAGCAGGGGGAGCCAUUUCUACAAGUGCCAAGAGAAAGCUGUGGGCUGGUUCUGAACAGCAAGGCCCAGGGCCUAGCAUAGCUGCGAGGAAGGAGAUUAGCCCACAGGCUGCAAGAGCCAUCAGCCCUGAGGCAGAGAAAUCAGGGAGGUAGUCCAGUUAAAGAGUGAGCGCUCCACUAAAUCGGACAAAAUGGUUGAUCAUCUCCUGGGAACCUGGAAAUCAACCUCAUGUGAAAACUUUGAUGCAUACAUGAAAGAAUUAGGAGUGGGCUUAGCCACCAGGAAACUGGGCAAGCUGGCCAAACCCAGCAUGACCAUCAGUGCUCACGGUGAUAUGGUAACCAUCAAAACCAAGAGUGCCUUUAAAAAUAACGAGAUCUCUUUCAAGCUUGGUGAGGAGUUUGAUGAAACCACACCAGAUGACCGGAAAACCAAGAGCAUUGUAACCUUAGACAAUGGGUCAUUAAAUCAGGUCCAGAACUGGGAUGGCAAAGAGACCACAAUAAAGAGACAAGUGGUAGAUGGGAAAAUGGUGGUGGAAUGCACCAUGAAUGAUAUCACCUGCACUAGGAUCUAUGAGAAAGCCUGAAGAAACUCUGUCAGUACCCUGCUUGACUAAAAAUUGGAGUACUAUAAACUUAACUGUUGUAGGUACUUAAUAAAAAGCUUACAAAUGAAGUUAAAUACUUAUUGCCUUUAUAGCGGUGUCUAUAGGCUAUUGAGUGGUUGGAUUUUCUUUAAAAAGGUUGAUAGUUCCUGAUGCUAAAUUUGCCUCACUAAAAGAAUCUGCCC